CGGCUGAGGCGGUUGGGAGCGGAGGGAGCGCGGCGGCAAUGGCUCUCGAGCCGGAGUCUGGGCUUUCCUUGCAGCGCUAUUUGGCCCGGCUCGGCGCCCUCCGGUCCGGGCCCGACGCCAGCCAGGCCCCGGGGGGCGAGAGCGGCCGCCGCACCGAGCUGCACCUGCUCUUCGACCAGCUCAUUUCUGAGACCUGCGUGCCGGGGGGAGCCGCCGUGGCGCCUAGGCCCGAGGAGGUUUGUGAAUUGCUUGUCCAAGCUUGUAAACUAGUUCAGCUUAACCAAGAGCAUCUUGUCAACAAAGUUUGCCAGCUGAUCCAUCAACUGCUUAACAGAUUCCAGGUUAUAGUUGAUGAAGUGAGCCUGAAGUAUCUGCUGCCCUAUUUUAUCUCUGCACUGAAGCAGUGCAGCUCUUGGACACAUAUUGAAAUUCUGCAGGCUUUGGCAGCCUCUGUCUACAACAAUGGACCCACAUGUCAAAAGUAUCUUCCAGAUUUGCUGGGGGAAAGUGGACUCCUGGUACAGCUCAGCAGCCCAGCUCAGACGGAUAUCGAGCUCAGGAGGGCUGCCGUGCAUGGCAUGGCAAACCUCUGUCUGAGCAUACCUGGACAACCAUACCUGGAGGAACCCUACCGAGAGCUCUGCUUUCAGGUUUUCCUUAGUGUACUACAGUCAUCCAAAGGCUCUGGCGUAGAUGAUAUCACAUUUUGCAUGUUGUUGCAGAAUGCCUUGAAAGGGAUCCAGUCGCUCCUGAAUGGUGGAAAGAUGAAGCCAACACAGACAGAUCAGCUUGGCUCCCUCCUUGCUGUAUUAAAGAAAUGUAUGUUUCAUGGACUUCCUGGAUUGAAUAUAGAAAUGCCAGCCGUCUUAUACUCAGCAGUGCUUCCGCAGUAUGACAGCAAAUCACCGGUCAAACAGGAGAGGCUGGAACUGAGCAACCUUAAGCCAGCUGGGAGCAGAAGAAAAAAGCCCAAAGCAAAGCAGAAGAAGGGGAAGUCAGAGGAAGGUCUGAAAGAAGAGGAGGAAAGAGCUGCCAAAGGAGGCGGGAAAGAAAAUCCAAAGUUACCCAGGGAUGUGCAGUGGAACCCUGGCUUGAAUGUCUUGAAUCAGGCUUCAGAGGACACAGGUGCAUCAUCCGUGAAAGACCGUUUGUCAUCUCAUGCUCUGGGCUGGAAAAGAAUCAGCAGCAGUGACUCGGAGUAUUCGGAUGCUGAAGGUGGCCUGCAGAGCAAAAUGAGGUCUUUCCAAGCCAAAGUUCGCCAUGGGGCUUUAACCUGCUUCCUUUCUACCGUGAAAUCAAUAGAGAAGAGGGUCCUCUAUGGUUACUGGUCAGCCUUUGUUCCUGAUGCACCUGCCAUUGGAAGCCCCCAGUCCAUGUCCUUGAUGACUAUUGCUUUGAAAGAUCCUUCUCCAAAGAUGCGGGCCUGUGCCCUCCAAGUUCUCUCAGCCAUCUUGGAAGGCUCCAAGCAGUUCCUGUCCAUCGCCGAAGAUGCAAACGAUCACAGGAGAGCAUUCACGCCUUUCUCAGUGGCCAUUGCGUCCAGUAUCCGCGAGCUUCACCGUUGUCUCCUGUUGGCCCUGGUAGCCGAAUCCUCCGCCCAGACCCUUACCCAGAUCAUCAAGUGCCUUGCCAAUCUCGUAUUGAAUGCACCAUAUAGCCGCUUAAAGCCUGGACUGUUGACAAGAGUAUGGAACCAGAUCAAGCCAUACAUUAGACACAAAGAUGUCAACGUUCGCGUGUCAAGCCUCACACUACUGGGAGCUAUAGUAUCAGCUCAAGCGCCUUUGCCGGAAGUGCGUCUCCUUUUGCAAGAGCCCAGCUCGUCAGGGCUCAGCAACAGUGGACUCGCCACCCCACGCUGUUCUAAUGCACCUGAAUGGUGCAGAGAAACCCUUCUGGCCUCAGAGGAGUCCCUCAGUAUCGUGGAGAACUCAUCGGCAGACCCCUGCUGGCUCCUUUUCUUCUGUAUCUCUCUGGCUGUGCUGCCCAGGGAGGACUGUUACUCAGACAGCGAUGCUGGCUGCGUGUUGACUGCCAACCCAUUUGAACCAUCUCCUGUUCGGCUGGAGGCAUUGCAGGUUUUAGCAUUACUGGUUAAGGGCUAUUUCUCAGUUUCUCAGAGCUAUUUGCUAGAGCUUGGGGAAGUGGCUUGUAAAUGUAUGGAGGAAACAGAUCCGUCCAUCCAGCUUCACGGGGCAAAGCUUCUAGAUGAACUCGGUGUAGGCAUAAUUCAGCAGUACAAGCCAGAUCUAGCUCCUGCUGUGGACCAACGGGUGCCGGUCAACCUGGUUGUAACAUUCUGGACAAGGAUGCUGAAUGGCCCCUUACCAGGUGCACUGCAAAACGCCGGGCAUCCAACUCUUCAGACCAGCACAUGCAAUGCUCUCUCUUCUAUCUUGCCAGAAGCUUUCAGCCAUCUCCCGGAUGACAAGCAAAUCCUCUGCAUCACCAUCCUUCUGGGGCUCAACCACAGUGAGAAUCCACUGGUGAAAGCUGCAGCCGUGCGAGCCCUUGGAGUCUAUGUUGCCUUCCCGUGUCUUCGGCAGGAUGUGAUGUUUCUUGCGGACACAGCCAAUGCGAUCCUGAAUUCACUCUCUGACAGUUCUCCCAAUGUCCGUGCCAAAGCAGCGUGGUCCUUGGGCAACCUCACCGAUACUUUGAUUAUCAACAUGGAGUUAAUGGGACAAAACUUCCAAGAUGAAUUCUCAGACGUGCUGCUGCUGAAGAUGUUACGGUCAACAACUGAGGCAUCAAAGGACAAGGACAAGGUGAAGAGCAAUGCUGUACGUGCUCUUGGAAACCUCCUCCACUUUCUCCAGCCAACCCACCUUACCAGUCCCCAGUUCAGACGCCCCACUGAGGAGUCUAUACAGGCCCUCAUCUCUACCGUGCUGAGUGAGGCCACAAUGAAAGUGCGCUGGAAUGCAUGCUAUGCGCUAGGAAAUGUAUUUAAAAACCCUGCCUUGCCACUGGGGGAAGCCCCAUGGACCGCCCAAGCCUUUAAUGCCUUGAUUUCGGUGGUCAAGUCCUGCAAGAAUUUCAAAGUGCGCAUCAAAUCAGCUGCAGCCCUCUCUGUUCCGGCUGAAAGGAAACGUUACGGGUCUCCUGAGCAGUUCUCACAGAUCUUGGGCGCCAUGGUGGUGGCCUUGCAGCGGAGUGAGGACGCCGAAGACUUUCUGGAGUUCAAAUACAGUGCCAGCCUCCGCACACAACUCUGCCACGCUCUGCUUCACAUGCUGAGUCUGGUGGAUGAAACGGACCUGCCAGCCGUACGGAGGACAGUCACAGAGCAUGGAGAAGUGAUCAGGUCCUAUCUAUUGCAGUACAUGAAAUCAGGAGCUGAAGAUGAGGACAUGGGGCUAAGCGAGGCUGUUGCCAGCAGAGGCAAAAUGCUGGAAAGGGCUGUGGAGCACAUGCGAGCCAUUGCAGAAGAGGCGAAAGAGCGCCAAGUGAAAAAGGGAGCCGUGGCUUAUCUAGAAGACAUCUUGAGAAUCCAUAAUAGUUCUGCAGGGCUUACCGAAGUUUAAGCAGGUAGCAUAAAUAGAAGAUGUGUUGGCUGGGAAUUAUGGGAAUUGCAGUCUGGCACAUGUUGGGGGCACCAGGUUGGGGAAGGCUGGUCUUUUACUUCUCAGUGGUGACUCCAUCUUGGCUUUUCAUGAUCCUGCAGACAAAAUGUAGAACAAGUAAAAGAAGUCUCUUUCUGGUGAACUAACCUUUUAAAGUAGGGGGUAGCCUAUAAGUUAGAAGGAUUUUUUUCCCUAGAUUUAAGUAAUUUUCUUUAAUUUUCAAGUAAAAAACAUUGUGUAAAAUGCUCUGGACCCAGUUUGGGUGCAGUUCAGUAUAGAAAUAUUUUAAAUAAACGCCUUUUGUAGCUCCCUUCACCAAAGUUGGAUCCAGGGCAUUUUUCACAAUAUUGGUGAUAUUAUAUUCAUAAGUAAUGUUUAAUCCCAGGGAAGUACAUAUUUGAAUAUGCAAGAGAGAGAAUCACAACUUUGUGUAGAAACACAAAGGAAAAGUAUCCAAAGCUAAACACACAUUCAGAUCAAAGAGAGCAGCAUUGUCUAAACUCUGCGUGAUAAGAGAACAAUCCUGUGACCCUAGGCAGGGUGUCUGGUACUACAGGAUGUUUCAGAUUCUUAGGUCAGAGAUGGAGUUUGGAAGGGGACAAAGGGGGCUGUUUCAGUGGGCAGGGAGGGGAGGAGACUAGAGAAGCCCAGAGACAAGCGAUCCUGUCACCGCUCCAGCUUCCUCCCCCCUCACUCCACGAGAUUUUUCUUGGAUGGGCAAACAGCCUACCUAGCAAAAAAAUGCGGAAUGGGGGUCAGACAAGGAAGCAUAGCUCACCUCUUCCGUUCCUCCCAGCCCGUGUAGGAUGAUAAAUCUCGAAGUAAGAAGGCUUAUGAGCACCAGGCUGCAAUCUUAAGAUUGCACCCUCAGCACUUGUAAGCAUUGCUCUGUAAAACUUCCAUUAAGAGUAAGAGUUCCAUUCUAAAUAAUAAAAGACACAUUAAUCACAGUA